GCGGUACUGAGAGAGAUAUUUAUAGCCUAAAGCGAGGCUGCAGCACAGAGAUAAGGCUUGGGACCAAGCCGCAGGCAGACAGACAGACAGGGCUUAGGGAAAAGAGGACACGUCAAAAUGAAACAGUUCCUUUCCGUAGUUUUCUUCGGGGCCGCAGUGGUCGCCUUGGUCAGCGCAGCCGGUACCGAGGGUGAGAUCUCCUUCGAGUACCACCGUUAUGAGGAGCUGCGGAAGGCGCUGGUGUCGGUGUGGCUGCAGUGCCCGACCAUCACCCGCAUCUACACCAUCGGGGAGAGCUUCGAGGGCCGCGAGCUGCUGGUACUGGAGAUGUCCGACAACCCCGGGACGCACGAGCCUGGUGAGCCUGAGUUUAAGUACAUCGCCAACAUGCACGGCAACGAGGCCGUGGGCAGAGAGCUGCUCAUUUACCUGACUCAAUACAUGUGCAACCAGUACCAGCAAGGCAACGACACCAUCAUUGACCUCAUCCACAAUACCCGCAUCCACUUCAUGCCCUCCAUGAACCCAGACGGCUUCGAGAAGGCCGCUUCUCAGCCUGGAGAGAUCAAGGACUGGUUUGUCGGACGCAGCAAUGCGCAGGGUGUGGAUCUGAACCGCAACUUCCCCGAUUUGGACCGCAUCAUUUACAUCAACGAGCGAGAGGGUGGAGCCAACAACCACCUGCUGCAGAACAUGAAGAAGGCGGUGGACGAAAACACCAAGCUGGCUCCUGAGACCAAGGCAGUGAUCCACUGGAUCAUGGAUAUCCCCUUCGUCCUCUCAGCCAACCUGCAUGGAGGUGACGUGGUGGCCAACUACCCAUAUGAUGAGACCCGCACUGGCUCCACCCACGAGUACAGUGCCAGUCCAGAUGAUGUGAUGUUCAAGUCUCUGGCGAAGGCCUACUCCAUGUACAACCCAGUCAUGUCCGACCCUCAACGAACCCCCUGCCGUAAGAACGAUGAUGACUCCAGCUUCAAAGAUGGCAUCACUAACGGAGGGGCCUGGUACAGCGUGCCAGGAGGAAUGCAGGAUUUCAACUAUCUCAGCAGCAACUGUUUUGAGAUCACUCUGGAGCUCAGCUGUGACAAGUUCCCCAGUGAGGACACACUCAAGACCUACUGGGAGCAGAACCGCAACUCGCUGGUCAACUACAUCGAGCAGGUUCACCGUGGCGUCAAGGGCUUUGUACGUGAUCUGCAGGGUAACCCCAUUUCCAAUGCCACCAUCUCUGUGGAGGGCAUUGACCAUGACAUAACCACAGCCAAAGACGGAGACUAUUGGCGCCUAUUGGCUCCAGGAAACUACAAAGUGGCAGCCUCUGCCCCAGGAUACCUGACUGUCAUCAAGAAAGUGGCCAUUCCCUACAGCCCUGCAACCAGGGUGGACUUUGAGCUGGAGUCUCUGAUGGAGAGGAAGGAGGAGGAGCGGGAGGAGCUGAUGGACUGGUGGAAGAUGAUGUCAGAGACACUGAACUUCUAAAGUGUUUGUCUGGCUGAUGAUCGGACCGUCCGCGCCAUAGGUGUAAUAUAUUCAACAAUCCGUGUGCCCGUCCACUAUAAAAAGAGUAUAUUGUCUCUUAUUUGUUUUGUUCUCUUUCAUUCAUUAUUUUUAUUGAUUAAAUUGUUUAUUAAUGUAAUGGUUUGCCACAUGCUCCUGUAGAUGUUUUGAAUAUCCUGCAGACUCACAAACAUAUACUGACGGACAUAGGAGGAAUUUACAGGUAGUUUGGUGGCAGUGAGAUUGAAGUAGAUUUUCUGUGGUAAUGUGUUCUUUAUUGUACACGUGAUUGGUAACCAUGGCACCCAUCUAUAUAACCAAUGAGUGACUGAGUAAUAAUGUGUGUAAAAGAGCUGUUUACAUCAUUACCACAUGGUUUUAUCCCAAAUAAUUCGUAUUUUUUCAUGUUUUAAAUGUCUCUGUUUCUCCAGGCUUUAGUACAAUUACACAAAUGUACGCAAAAAACAUUCACUAUUUUAACUGUAAACUUGUACACACACAGUUUUUUUCCUGUAAUAUAACAACUACCUGCGACGCUAUUGUUUUGAGAACAUCAGGGACAUUAAAAACACUGUAAAAUCACUUUAAACAUUAUAUUGUAAACAAUGUAUACAGGCAAGCUCAUUUCCCUGUAUGUUAUUAAUGUUGAGAUUUUUUUUAACUGACUGCAACACAGCUUUAAUUUUAGCACAAGAUGAAUGGUUAUAAUAUAUACUGUAUUUAUGAACUAGGUAUAGCAAGAAAUGUGUGUUUUUUGUAACUGAAAAAAAAAAAAAUCUAAGAAAACAAGGCCAUGACACUUAGAAAUAUGUUCACCUCAGUCUACCCAAAGCCAUUCCUUUGUAUGUUCACUACACAGGGAAUACUAUGGUACAUAAAGGACUGUGGUACAUGUAGAAGUUGUUUUUCAAAAUUAAAUUAACACUAAUCUUCUGAGUGGACAGAGUGGACAAAGUUUAACUGACUGUAUGGAUACAGUUCUCCUGGUUUGAGACUGCAGAAAGAAUUUAUUGAAUGUAUAGCUAUGGAUGGAGUUAAAAAUGCAAAGAAUGAACUGGUCAAUAAAACUCCCCUCUUUAUGUUGUCAAA